UUAACCAUUCGUCUCCAUCGCUGGCUUAUCCAUUCGCCCCCACCAAGAUGCAUCUGCAUCCAUCUCUCCUAUUCUCUCGCUUCAUCUCUCAUCCUCUCUCAAAUCUCUCUGACUGGUGGACUCCGUGUGGGCGGAGCGAAGUGGGAGCCAAGCCAGCCGAGCCGGCCCCUCUCCUCUUCGCCUUCCUCGCAGCGCCAACGGGAUUUAGCGCUAUGAGCCGGCUGCUCGGCGAAGUUCGUUCCCAGGUUGCCGACGUGUUCAAUCGGGUGACUGCAUGCAGGCCCGAAUGUGAAGCCUCCGAAGUCGCUGGUGGCCCCCGUUCCACAUGAGCCGAUGUGAAGCCAAGUCGCUGGCACCCCGUUCUAGACCACCAGAUCCGGAGUGCCGCCGACAGUUCCUGUACCCAUCACGCUCGCGUCAACGACCACCAAGUUGCUGGCACCCCGUUCCAGACCACCAGAUCUGGAGCGCCGCCGCCGGAUCUCGUCCCCAUCACGCCUGCGUCAACGACCGCUGCGGAACCCUCCUCGGCUCCUCCUCAACGAUCCAUGGCAAGAACCGGGACAGCGCCGUGCCCUUCCCCGUCUCCAACACUGCAGUGCUCGCGCCGUCGGUGCUGUCGUAUUUCAUUAUCAUUCGAAUAUGUGUGGAUUUGACCCCUUCGUUGCCUUUCCAUCAUGUUGUGUUAUUCUUUUUUGAGUCUGAUUCUCAUGCCUGGUGCGAAUUCUCUAUAAAUCGUGGUCAGGAUUUGUUCCUUCGUUCCCGAUUAUAAUUCGUUGAAUCGCCCCGUAGAUCCCGUUUGCGUGCGUGCGUGAUGGUUGGGGCGUGACCAUGGGUUGAAUAUAUAUAUUAUAUUAUAUAUAUAUAUAAUAUAUAGGUAAAGAUAAAGAUAAAGAUCUAUUUAGUGUUGUAGUUGUCGAUGAUGCCUCUUACAAACUUGACCAAACUAUGCAGGGUUUGAUCUCAGAGGAGGGAGCAGAAAAUAACACGAUUCCAAAAACUUUUUUAUGUGUUCGUAUGCCUAACAUACCUAACAUCGUGAACACAACUGGGCCGAAAGACAGUCUUGACAACAAGAUUGGCUUGGUGUGAGACAAGAAUCGUAUUCUCCCUGAGCCACCCUCAGAUGGCAAGAAUCGUACUUUCAUGCCAAACCACACGUCGAAAGCAGAGCAGCUGACAGGGCCUGCCACUAACUAGUGUUCUCUUGGAUAAAGGUAGCGUUGCGUUGCCUCCGACGUUGGCAUAUCGCCACUCUCAAGGCAGAAUGGCCCCAUGCAGCAUCCCAAUCUCCAUGUGAUAGUUCGGCGACGGCGAGCUCAGCUUUCAUCCGCGGGAUGGGCAACACCGGGCCGCCGAGGAUGGCGUCGUGGUGCAGGCACUGCGGCGCGGGCAUCGCGGCGCCGCCGGCGGGGCCGAGCUCCGGCGUCCGGUGCGCGUUCUGCCGCCGCGUGACGCGCGUGGAGCGGCACCGCAGCGUGGGCAGCGCAUCGAGCGCGCUCGCGCCCCCGUCGGCGGUGAGCUCGGCCAGGCUCGAGCUGCCGGCCGGCUACCCGGCGUCCCGCGGCAAGAAGCGUGCCGUCCUCGUCGGCGUCAGCUACACGGGCACCUCCUACGAGCUCAAGGGCACGGUCAAGGACGUCGAGCUGAUGAGGAACCUCCUCUGCGACAAGUUUGGCUUCCCCGGCGACUCCAUCCUCGUCCUCACCGAGGAGAGUGACGACGCGAGCAGAGUGCCGACGAGGGAGAACCUGCUACAGGCGAUGCGGUGGCUCGUCGCAGGAUGCGACGCCGGCGACUCACUGGUGUUCCACUUCUCCGGGCACGGCGUGCAGAAGCUGGACACGGCCGGCGACGAGGUGGACGGGUACAACGAGGCGCUGUGCCCGCUGGACUUCGAGGACAAGGGCAAGAUCCUGGACGACGAGAUCAACGAGACCAUCGUCCGGCCGCUGGGCCCCGGCGUGAAGCUCCACGCCAUCAUCGACACCUGCCACAGCGGCACCAUCCUCGACCUCCGCUACCUCUGCCGCCUCUCCAGGACCGGGUACUGGCAGUGGGAGAACCACGUCCGUCCGGGUAAGCCGAAAGGCACCAACGGAGGCCUCGCCAUCUCCAUCAGCGGCUGCAACGACGACCAGAAGUCAUCGGAGUCGAGCGUCCAGGGGUUCUCCGAUACCGCUGCCAUCGGCGCCAUGACGGACAGCUUCAUCAGGGCCGUGGAGUCCGAGCCGGGGACGACCUACGGGCGGCUGCUGAGUGCGAUGAGGGCGACGAUCCGCGACAGCCAGGGGACCGGCCGCCGCCUCCCCGGGAGGAUCGGCUCCUUCGUCCGCAAGAUGAUCACUUCCAGCGCCGUGCAGGAGCCUCAGCUCUGCUCUUCAGAGAUGUUCGACAUCUACCGGAAGCCCUUUCUCCUGUGACUCUGCCUCGCGCCGGAGUUCUUCGGAAUCAUGUAAUUCGUUUGCCUUACCAAUGAUGCUGUCGUCCUGUCCUGUGCUGCACUGCACUUGUGAGCAAAGUGAACGGGACAUUUCAGUUGUACUGCAGUAGAAUCAAUAUCACUGAGUAAUAUCACAUGUUUCCAGAAACAACAUUUCAGUUGCUGAACGCAUCGAACAGUUGAGGUGUGAAUUUUCAUA